CUCCCCCAUGUGCCAGUGCGAACGCUUAAUGGUCCGAUUAGACGAAAUGUCGGCGAUUUUCCGCAAGAAAGGUGCCGAUUUCUGUACGUGGCUAACAUCAAUUUGAUAUUCACGGACAUCCCCACCUCUUUCUCCGAACAUGCGUCACCCGACUGCCAGGUGCGACCCUUCCCUCGUACAGCUUCCUCUCUAUUUUGGGAUUUCACGAUCGAGUGGUUCAGAUUUCGAGUGGUCAAAGACACUGCCACACUGGGGAAACACGCGAGCACGAGAUGGCCGACAUGCGAAUGACGUAACUUGUCCCGAACCAUUGAGUCGUCCAACAAUAUGGAUUAUCCAUUCCAAUGAUGAGUAUCGCACUCCAGCAACACACUGA